AUGAGGUCUCUGCUGGUCCUCAGUGCCUUGCUAGUGGCUGUUUUCAGCCAGAAAGUUUUUAUUGGUGAUCAGGUUUUACGAAUCACUCCGAUCAGUCAGAAGCAACUGGUUCAACUCCAGGAACUGGAAGAGCAACAGGAGUUACAGCUGGAUUACUGGCUACAUCCCAGCAGCACUGAACGUCCUGUAGAUAUCCAUGUUCCUUUUCAGAGUCUACAGAAUGUAAAGGUAUUCCUAGAAUCUAAUGACAUCCCUUACAGCAUCAUGAUUAAAGAUCUCCAGGAAGUUGUGGAUUAUGAAGAGAUGGAAAUGAAGGCUUCCAGGACUGUAUCAAGAAAUACAGACAGCUUUAACUAUGCAACUUAUCACACCCUAGCAGAGAUCAAUGCUUUCAUAGAUCAGCUGGUUGCUGAAAAUCCUGGCCUAGUCAGUAAGACAGUAAUUGGAACCAGUUAUGAGGGUCGACCACUCAACCUCCUCAAGUUCAGUACUGGAGGAACCAACCGCCCCGCUAUCUGGAUCGACACAGGCAUUCAUUCCCGUGAAUGGGUUACUCAAGCUAGUGGAGUGUGGUUUGCGAAAAAGAUCACCACUGACUAUGGCAGUGAUGCUGCUCUGACCGCCAUCUUGAACAGAAUGGACAUUUUCCUUUUGAUAGUCACUAACCCUGAUGGCUUUGAGUACACACAUACUAAGGACCGUAUGUGGCGUAAAACCAGGUCAAUAUAUGCUGGGAAUUCUUGUGUUGGAGUAGAUCCAAACAGGAACUGGGAUGCAGGCUUUGGAGGUGCAGGAUCUUCUGGACUCUCUUGCUCCGAGACCUAUCGUGGUCCCUAUGCCCACUCUGAGGCUGAGGUGAAAGCCAUAGUAAACUUUGUGAAAGCAAAUGGCAACAUCAAGGCAUUCAUCUCUAUUCACAGCUACUCACAGAUGCUGUUGUACCCUUAUGGCUACACCUAUACUCAAGUUCCACAUGCUAGUGAACUGAAUACCCUUGCCAAAAAUGCAAUUGCUGCUCUGACAUCUCUGUAUGGAACAGCCUACAGAUACGGCAGUAUUGUUUCAACAAUUUACCAAGCAAGUGGUGGAACUAUUGACUGGACCUACAAUCAAGGCAUAAAGUACUCCUACACAUUUGAGCUGCGUGAUACUGGUCGCUAUGGUUUUAUUCUUCCAGCUAACCAGAUCAUUCCAACAGCACAGGAAACCUGGCAGGCCCUCAUGACGAUCAUGAGCUAUACUAAUGAUCAUCCAUAUUAAACAGUAACG